UAUCAAGGCGAAUGAGGCGAGGGGUUGUCCCGAAAUUAGCUCGGCCAACUCCCCGUUUUUCUACCUCUGCAAACUGAGUUAAUUUGCCGACUGUCUUCCUGUGAAUGAACCAACAGAUUUGCCCAUUACCAUGGCAACACAUCCAGGCAACAACCAAUCCCACCUAGUUCUUCCUGGUUACCCAGCAACCAGAGAGGCUGUCCCCAAUGACGCUGUGCUGCAGCAUCUCUUAGAGGCAGACAAAGUCAAUAAUUUGCAAACAAGUGACAUCCCUGCAUCGGCCAGCAACACUCCUCAAUUGGUCUACACCGGUUACCCUCAACUAGCGGACUACCAGGCAAUGGUAGACAGGCAACCGCCGACCUCCGAGAGUCUGACCUUACAUCCAGGAUUGACCAAUGAGCUGAGAGCGUUGCAGAUUGAGGGCGGGUUCGAGACGACAAGCGACUUCCUGCAUCACUUAGUGGUCUCCGAAAGAGUCAAAAGGCUGCAGUUGCAGCAGAGAAUGAUGUCUAGGCGGAGCUAUGACAACUGCCCCUGCUCAUCUGACCAAUCAACGGUGCCCGUCUUGGUCAGUAGUGCAUCGAGUAUCACCUACGUCAACUCACUGAGUGCUUCCUCAACUGUCCAGGGUUCAUAUCCCGCAGAUGGAGCUAGUCAGGCAAUCCAACUUUGUAGUGUUAACCUCGGAGAUCCGUCAUCAACGGUUGGCGUCAACCACGGUCAGAGUGGCGUGGAUGUCAACUGCCAAACCAAACCGCAAGGAAUGUCCGUCGGUGUGCAGGUCGCUUUGUGUCGCUGUAGUCUCAGAGACGGCGCAUUAGACGGGACACGGAAAGAAGGAUCAAGAAAUCCCAAAGAAGACUUUGUGUCAAAGGUCAAGAAGAAGAGAAAGUGUUUGCAGGAAGAGGCUGAAGACAAGCCCAACUCUCACAUCAAGGAAAUGCUGGUCAAGGAGAUUCUUCAGACUGUGAAAAGUCACAGGAAAAGAAGACAGAACAGUCGGACACGACGAGUUCCGGCGUACUCAAGACAGAGACUGCCGAAAGAUACAAAGUCAGCACCGCGGGAGAAACAAGAAUAUCUAUGCGAGAUCUGCGGAGCUACUUUUAAAUGGAGGCGGAGUCUCAUCCCACACAUGUGGGAGCAUCGGAACGAGGUGUCCAAUCACCGGUGCCCGCAUUGCAGUACCAGCUUCCCCUAUGCAUGCCGGUUGAAGCGUCACCUGAUAGCAAAGCAUCCGGAACUCGAGGGCGGGCCAAUACGCUGCGCUACAUGCGGUGUUGAGGUGCAAUCAUACAAUACGUUGAAAAGCCACAUGCGGAUCCACACGGGCUACAAACCCUUCAAGUGCAAAUUCUGUCCCAAGACCUACAAAUGGAACACAGGGCUGGAGUACCACGAACGAGUCCACACGGGAGAGAGGCCGUACCCCUGUCCACACUGCUCCAAGGCGUUCACAAACAAAUCGGAUCUGACCCGGCACCAGACUGUCCACACCGGCGAAAAACCUCACGUGUGUGAGAAAUGUGGGAAGGGUUUCACCCAGAGCCACACACUGAAAUCUCACUGCAAGAAGCACCAUCCAGCCACCGGCGCACCAACUUCCAACAGCGUCACUACCAGUAACGGGGGCAGUAAUAUCCAAAAAUCACCCUCACCGGUCUUGCAAACCUUGUCUCCAACGUUCCAGUCCCAACAUCAACCCAACUUCAUGCUGAGCGGUUUGCAGGAUCCAAGCCCUUCCAACCACAGCUUGGAGCAGAUCAAGUUUAGCAACAGCGGUGGUCUUCAGAACCUGCAGCGUCAGGUACCUGGACUUCCCACUGAGCGGGAGAUUGCAGAAGUGGUAGUCAACAUGCUGACUCAAUGAGAAAGCAGAUUCUUUGCCCCCUCCUUUUUUUCCAUUCUCCAUCCACCCUCCUCUCUUCCAUUCUCCGCCCACCCUCCUUUCUUCCAUUCGCCCCCCCACCCUGACUGCAUGUCCAUUAAUUGAUAUCACUAUUAGGCC